UGGUAUAUAUAGAAGAUACGUAUUUGAGACAACAUAAUCCAUUAAGAACUAUAUUUUCUCUACUCUACUCCGAUACUCACCAACUUAAAAAUCACACACACAAACACACUGCCCAAAAUGCCAAUGUAAACAUUUCCAUAUCGAAAAAUACUCUUCUCCCUCCUCCCCUUCUAAACCCACCCGACCCCGCUAACACCCUUAUCCACCCCAGGAACCUACAAGGAAGUUGCCAAUGCGGCCUCGUAGAAUUCACCUUGGAAUCACAUACUCCGGCUCCAUAUCAAAUCUGCGCAUGUUCCAUCUGUCGUAAGUGCGGCGGAUACGGCGGGACUGUAAAUCUAGGGGGUAUAGCCUCUACACUGCAAAUUACCAAAGGCAAAGAAUACAUCAAGUACUCUCCCUUUCCAUUUUCUCACUAUUUUGAGAAGUAACUAACUAACUAAUACACUAGAAAAUACAACGCAAUUGCAGAUCGUGGUAAACCUACUGAGAAAAAAUGUAUCUCUGAACGCAACUUUUGUUCGGAAUGUGCGUCGAUGCUUUGGUUGUGGGAUAAAACUUGGCCGGAGUUGAUUCAUCCUUUUGCGAGUGCAAUUGAUACGGAAUUACCAGUUGUGGAGGAAAUGGUUUGUGUGAAGGGGGAUAGUAAACCGGAGUAUGUUAGAUGGCCGGAGGGGAAGAAAAAGGUAUAUGAGGGAUAUGGUGAUUUUAGUAUUGAGGAAUGGCAUAAGAAGAAUGGAUUGUUUGUUGAGUGAAGGAACUGGGGUGUUGGGUGUCAGGGGAGAUUUGAUCGUACUGAGGUGUUUGAUAUGUGACGAUGAUGGUGUUUGGAUUUGCUUGUGAUGAUGUUAGGUUGACACUCUCAUUGAUGAUUAUAACCUAUGAUUCCUCUAUCUCAAUUUGACUUUAAAACAUCACUUCGGAGCAUGAGGUGUCAAGGCAGGAGAAAGCUUCACACAAAAGCAGCUAUCACUAAAUAC